AAAGAGAAGAGAAUAAUAGUGAUCAGUGUGCAAAAAUCAUUUAUUGCGAAAAUUUCUGCUUCUGAUAGUGUUUAUCAAUUAAUAUUAAUCGAUCAGUUAGAUAGCAACACAUUGCGACAGAUUGAUAUCCAACAUCGAGGGAUGUGGACCUCGAUAAGAAAGUGCCGAUCUUAAAGGACCUCUCGAGGAUUCCGAAAACGAUAUAAGAUUUGAGAGUUGGUACCGGAAAUCAUGAGGGCAAUAUUGCUUUGUGCGCUCACGUGCGCAGUGUUAACUGCCGUGCGAGGAGAAAUUAGCAAGGAUCAUGCGCCAUGUGGCCGUAUCAAAUGCAAGGUUCCAGUGGAAAGAAAAUUCAAAUACCAGAAGGAUAUUCAUUACGUGUACUCAUACUCUGUGGACGUAAGCACAAAUCUGGGUUAUCAUCAGACAUUGCCUCAUCAUCUCGAAAACGAUUCGGCCUUGCAUAUCGAUGCUACUCUGUCCGUGCAUUUCAGCAGUCCCUGCGAAGGUACACUUAAGAUUCUAAACGCCAGCAUCAGCCACGAUCGCAGCACGUAUAACGUCGAGUUCCCCGAUCAUACCGGCUAUGAGUUUAAGACCAGUCUUGAGCGUUUUACACUGAGAUUUACAUUCGACGAUGGGUUAAUCCACGAGCUGUGUCCGAACCGGCGGGAACCGGUCUGGACAUUGAACCUGAAAAGGGGCAUGCUAUCGAUGCUGCAGAACAGCAUGCGGCGCUUCGACGUGGACCACAAUGCUAACGAAGUGGACGUUUAUGGCGCCUGCAAUACUGAAUAUCGUUUGUACGAGGCCAAGCGAACCAGCCUAAUUGUAAAGAAGAGCAAAGAUCUGGCCGACUGCCAGAACGGUCCCAAGUACUUCUCCGUAGUGCAAUCGAAUCCUUAUAGAAGUCCGCGAAAGCUACAUGGUCAAGACAGAUUGUUCAAAUCACGCAGCGAUUGCGAAAUUACGAUUGAUCAUAACGUUUACGAGAGAGUAGUCUGUGACGAGAUGCGAUUGCUACAACCACUCUCCAAUGGCGACAAAGCUGGUGCCAGGACCGAUUCUCGGAUGAUUCUUCAACUGAUUCAGGAGAUAAAGGAGACGGAUUUUUUCCAGGAAUCCGAAGAGGAUGAAGAUAUUGAUGAUGAAGAAAAAGACGAAGAUAAUUUUAUUCGAGGUGCAUCUGUCACAAAGAGAACCACGUUGCUAUAUGACCAUACAAAGAUGCCGAAGACUAUGCACGGCGAGUUACGAACCUCCCGAGAUUUAAUGAAGAGCAUGUGCAGACUCGCGGCAAGCGCUGAUGAUUUGCAACAGAGAUUCGCUGAAAUGUUUACCAAUUUCAUUCAUUCGGCUCGUUUUCUAGAUUAUCCCCUGUUGUCGCAGCUGUUCUCGAGAGCUAAUAACAUUUGCAAACAUGGAAAAAAGCAUGUUGUUGCUGCACUGCCACACCUAAACAGCAACGCCGCGGUAAAUGUGAUGAAGGAUCUGAUAAUGAAGAAAUAUGUUAAUCAAGCGACUAUUAAUGAUUGGAUCAUUACUUUUGCUUUAUUCCCGCAACCGGAUCACGACACCAUCAAAGCUCUCUCGCAGUUACUGGACUUUCAGCAUCAAAUUCCCCAAGCCCAGUUUAUUCUCAGCUACUCCACCAUUAUUCACACGUAUUGUAGAAACAACGAUAACUGUAUCGAUUUGGAAGAGGUGGACGCGUUCCUGUCGCAUCUUCAACAGAAAAUCUCACGAGGUUGCGCGCCCCGUCUUCAUUCUCCUCUUGUGACGAAAGAAACAUUGGAAGCUUUGAAGGCGAUUGGUAACAUGGGGCUUGAAACAAAGAAUUUGCGAAGAGACCUGAAAAAAUGCAUAGAUGACACUGGCGGUUUCUUACCCAUGGAAAUUCGCGUUGCCGCCGUUGAUGCUCAUCGUAGGCUGUCGUCCUGUGAAGAGACAAGAGAUCAAUUUUUCCUUGAUUAUUAUCGCAAUACAACAUUAGACACAGAAAUUCGUAUUGCCUCUUACUUACAAGUAAUACGUUGUCCUGAUUACAACGUUAUUAAAACCAUCAAGCAUGCUCUCAAAAUGGAAGAAGUCAACCAAGUCGGUUCUUUCGUAUGGAGUCAUUUAACGAAUCUCUACAACUCCGCCUCACCUACUAGAGUCGAGAUUCAAAGUUUGCUAACAGAUCGAGACAUCGAUAACAAGUUCAACAGCGAUAUUAGAAAGUUUUCGCGUAAUUACGAAAACUCUUUCUUUUCUGAAGAAUAUAAUAUCGGCGCGAAUUAUCAAACAAAUUUGAUUUUUUCGCCAAAAUCAUACGUGCCGCGAUCGUUCACAUUCAACGUUACCGCUGAUCUCCUCGGCCAAUCCGUGAAUUUAUUUGAAAUUACUGCACGAAUGGAGGGCCUGGAAUAUUACGCGGAAAAUCUUUUUGGUCCAAAUGGCAUGUACAGCAACGAAAGAAUCUCGAAUCACCUUCGGAAUUUCCUUAGAUAUUUCAGAUCGGCAUCAGAAAAGGAAAAUUACUGGGAUGAUGUAAAACGGCUGCCUAAUGUUAUCGAUAACAAUUUCGAUCACCCGAAAAUUAGCCUUGGUUAUAAGAUAUUCGGAAAUGAGUUGAAGUUUACGAUGCUGGACGGCGACAAGCAAGUGAUGUCCGCACUGGCGAAUUUCAAUCCUUGGCAAAAGAUAAAAGAGUUUUUGGCCAUGCAAGAAAUCCUCUACGAAAGGACUGGGAUGUUCUUGGAUUCCUCUUACGUCGUGCCAACAGGAUCCGGUUUGCCGAUUCGCUUGGAUUUCGCUGGUUCCGCGGCUUGUAAUUUCAAGAUUUCGAAGAUACUCAAUGAUGCUCGACUAGCUAACAGAGAGUUCCAGCUCACAGCCAAUAUUACUUCUAGCAUAAGUGCUGACAUAGUAGGCACGAUGACUGUCGAUGCUUUCUACAAAUCUGCCGGACUUAAGUUGCGAACUAAUAUUUACUCUUCCGGAACAAUGCAGCUUCAUUUGAACGUAAAUGACACCCGUUUAGUGCGGGUGAGUCUGGGCUUACCAGAUCGCAACGUAGAUGUGCUCUCGUUGCUCUCGGACAUAGCUUUCAUCAAAGUUAAAGGUGCCGAAAUUGAAGAAAAGUCUCUGGGCAUCUUGGUAGCCGAUCAAAACCAAAAGAAUUCGCGACAUCCGAUAGUCAUACCUAAAAAUAUCAUCAGCAACACCACCUGUAGCUGGGCCGCCUUAAACAGGCUGAUAGGUUUGAAAAUGUGCACUGACUAUCAAUUCACGAAUGUGACCAAGGAUACCAAAGCGCCUUAUUUCAUCUUAAAUGGAUUCACGCUCUUCAAAAUCUCGUUGCUUAAGGACGAUCCAACUGCUAAGAAUUACGUAUUGGAGUAUAAUUGGAAUAAAACUCAGAAACAUAGCACGUUUAAAGUGAUAUUUGAUACACCUGGCUCGCAAGUGAAUAGAGAAAUAAGCGCUAUUGUCGAUUUUGAUAUAAUAAAUAAUAACGUUACCGCUUUAGUCCAUUCGGCCGGUAAUUCUUUGAUUGCUAAAGGCACAUACAAACGUUCUGAAGAUGAGACUUUCAUAGAUAUCGGUUUCGAUAUCAAUGGUACGAAACACUUAGAUGCCAGCGUGGGUUACACGAGAAAGAAGUUCAAUAAUGGAUACACUUAUCAUCCUAAAGUCUAUCUAACUAUCAAUAAUGAACGCAUUGCUGCCAUUUCAGGUGCGAUAAGGAACGCGCAAAAAAAUAACAUCUCUCAAUUCGACAUAGACUUGACUUUUCAAACAAAGCGAGUCUGGAGCAAACUAAUCGGUUACAUCGUUCAACGAAACAUCAGCCUGGCCGGCGAUUUCCAACUAGAUUAUCAGCUGCAACGUAUGCCGAAGAAGGAAACUCUCCAUCUGGAGAUCUCGCUAUCUAACCGCUCGUCGAAAACGCUCACACACAAGACUGCAGAACUGAAGCUGCAAUCCACUGCCUACCCGCAACUUAAUACUGUGAUAAGCGCUUGGUAUCAACAAGCUCUCGGCCACUUAGAGCUGCACGCCGAAGUGAACUCGAAUCCGCAUCUCAAGGACGAUCGGCACAAACUCACGGCGCAGCUUAUCGUCUCUUACUCGAAGAUGUACUUUCAAAACCAGGGCACAAAGGUCAGCAUGCUGAUAGCCGUCACCAAACCCAUCCAGAACCUGGAUCUCAAGAUGGGCAUCAAUCAUUACGCUCUCGGCGCCGAAUCAAAGACCAGUUUGCUUAUAGGAUAUGCACCGGGGAAGGAGAUUAGUCUGAUCGUCAAUAUCAUUAUGCCGCGUAAUCUGCUGUUCUCCAUAGAAGGCCACGUGAACCUGACAAUUCCGAAUUUCAACUCAAUGUUGAUCGACGCACGUAUCAACGAGCGAUCACGACGUGAGUACGAACUGGAUUUCUCCGGCACGUGGUUCAGCGGUCACAACAUAACCGCGCGUGGAGCUUACUCAGAUCGAUCGUCGGCUGUCAUCAUCAAUCAUCAUUUGAAAAUGAUCUUCAAGUCGCCGAGCUUUGUUACUCCAAUUCUACUUAACUGCUACUUGUAUCAGAAUCAUAGUGACCUCAGAGUCAGUUUAUAUGCCGAACAAAUAGACUACGAUAAGUACGCCUUUGUAUUGAAUCAUACAAUGUUGUCGACAACCAGUAUAAUGUCAUAUAUAGAAGCCAGAUACCGCGGUAACGUGUAUUCAGCGAUGACGAACAUCGACACCACGCGAGAAAUUCGUUUAGAGCUGCAUUUAGACAAAUGGCGGGACGUACAUCUGACCUUAAGCGGCAUCAACGAAGAGAACCGGCAAGAGUUGGCAGCGGAGCUCAAGUGGGACGCCAAUAGGGAUCCCGCUUUAAAACUUGGCACAAUGUUACAAUUAAGUAAAGUAUACCUGAUGGAACCAGCUUUAUCCGGGAUCAAGCGAAACGCGAUAAUAACAUUGACUUAUCCGGGUCGACUAAUAACUGGUUCUUGUGACUUGGUUAUACGUAAUCCACAUAGUUAUCUGAUAGACGUUACUGUGAAUUGGAGUCCGGAGAAUGAAAUCAAGGCGUCGAUUAGCGCAGACUAUGAUGUACAGCCAGAAAUGACAUCUGCCAAAUUGGAGUCGCAACUGUUAAUGCCUUUUGAACAGUGGAAAAAGACCGCCUUAAAUGUGAGAUAUCUACAAUUGCCAGACAAAAUCCUAGCUAGUAGCAGCGCUUACUGGAAGGACUCCCAGCACGUCAUAACAGAAUUCUAUGCUAGCGUGAAUGAGUAUGAAGAUUUGAAAGAAUGGACGGCAAAUUAUGGCUUGACCAGCACUGUACACUCCAACUCGUGGAUGACUGUAAACGUCACUCACAAGAUGCUACGCUCGGAAACAAUUGAUACACAUGUGCUGAUUAAGUAUAAUCCCGACAAAACGAUUGAUGCGCGCAGCAUCUGGCAUUUAGACAAGGAAUCAGACAAUGUGUUCAAUCUUACUGGCAAUCUGCACCUGUAUUCGCCUUUGGCAAACUACCGAAAGAACGAACUCAAGUGCCAGUUGCGUCUCAUGACUAACUGGAUGUUCUUUGGCGCGGCUAAUCUCGAGCUGGAUAAACGCAAGUACACCGGCCGCCUAAUCGGCGACCUAAUACGCUGGAAGGAAUCUAAAGUAGAGUUUAAUGUUACCACGCCGUUAGAGAAGUUCGCUUUCGUUCGUGGCAGAUUCGGUCUGUCGGAGAGCAACCGGCAUGCAGUGGCAGAGAUUAUCACGCCGAAUGGUCCGCUGGGCGUCGAGGCGCUAUGCCAGCUCUUCACUGUCGCUUACGACUUUAACAUCAAAUUCAUGUUAGCAACGCCCAUCGAGGUGCUGCAAAAGGCACUGAUAGUGGCCAAACUAAAUAGGCGCGAGGCUGACUUCAGGAUCGGUUACAACAAUAUCACGGCAGGCUUUCUCGGUACUUGGCACUAUCACAACAUUACCAAUUUUGAUUAUAGCUACAUAGUGCUCACGCCAUUGGAGGGUCUGCACGAAUGCGGGGUGAUCACCAAAUUUAUUGUGGUACACACGGAGGCCGAAAAUAUGCUGGACAUAGACAUGGAAUUCUCGUUGAGACUGGCAAACAAUAAACUUGGUAUCAAGGCUAAGGGCGGACCAAAACCUCCGCCUGUUAAGAUUCCAUUGAAACCGGGAAUUAUAUCCACGACAGACGAUCCUAAUGUCGAUGAGUCGGCAGAGGAAGAGGAAGAAGAGGAAGAAGAUGAGGAUGGUCUCUAUUGGCGAGGAGAACUGCAGAUAUGGCUCAUAAUAAUCCCGGAUAUAUCGGGAGAGUUAGAUAUUGAUACUGAAGGCGAUACUUAUAAGAUCCAAAGCACAAUACAAUUGCCACCCGGCAAAAUCAUCAUAUACGACAGCUUUUCCAUGGAAGAUGUUUUUCAUAUAAAUAAUGAUCUACAUAUUGAUUUAACGUUUAGCAGUAUCAAAGAGAUAGCAUCAUUUUAUAAAUUUUUAAUCGAUCUUGAAAAACCGACCUAUUUUAUGGAAAUGAUCGUGAAUGUUAGGAAAAAUACUACAUGGAUCGAGACCGGAUUUCAUGGCAAUUAUACGUAUCAAAUCGAUACGAAUAAUACGAAGGCGCAUUUGGUAAAAUUAAAUAUAAAAACACCUUUGGAAUUUCUUAAAGACUUUCGUAGCAGCGCAAUUGUAGAGAUCGAAGGCAAUCUAUAUAGAAGUACAGUUACGAUUCGUGGAAAUCAAUUAAACAUAGAUUUAUUAGGAAAUAUAAAGCUAGAGAAAGCUUUGCUUGAUAUGAUGAUUUCUGGUGCAAUCGAUUCACCUGUUAUAAAAAUACCAAAAACUACAAUCGCCGCGAAAAAGGAUUUUACAGGAAAUAGAAAGCAACUUAAAUUCAAUGCAAGAAUGGAAGAGCCUGUAUCAAAAUACACGUCUUUCGAGUCCGCUUGGCAAAUAGAGGAGCAUCUUGUAAAAGCUUCUGCAAAACUGGAAAGUUGGAUAAAAGUUUUAGAGUCGCUGGAAGCUGACGUUCUAUACAGUAAUGCGAUUCGUGUAAACAAUACUGCUAAAUUAAACGUAUGCGUAACGCAUCUUGGCGAUCAGGAAUAUCAGCUGACUGGAAACUUAAGUAAUGGCAAGAUUGAUGCCGAUCUACAUACGCCGCUGUCGCAAGAACCUCAUUUCCAGUUCCACGGAGAUCUAAGACAGAUCAACGAAUCGUUGUAUGAUGUUAGGGGAGAAUUAAAGGACCAGUUGCAAGCAAAAUCUUAUGAUGUUAGCUCUGUCAUCUUCGUGCAGGAUGACACUUUAACUUCGAUAGAUGUUAAAGCCGAGCCGAAAAGCUCGAACACCGAUCGACUCAUUUUGAGAUUGAAGAGAAAGACGUACGGUCUUUUGCUGGAUGUCGACGGUGGAUCUUUUAAUGGUACUGUCGACGCAAACAUCCUCAACAAUUUUAAUUGGGACGUGAGAGCUCGCACGGAUAUCAAAAAAGCUACUAAAGUAGAUAUUUAUCAGCUGAAUACUUUUAUGAAUGUGCAAGUAAAUGGCAACACCACUCUUUACAUUCAAGUCGAAACACCUUGGAAUGAUAGCAGGAUUGUGACGGUGAACGGCAAUAUGAUGCUGACCAACACGAGUGGUGACGCUCGGCUAAAUCAUCGAUUGAAUGACGAUCAGUGCCAUGCGGCUAUUCAAUGGAAACUGAUCUACAUGGAAGACAUGUUAAUGAAAUUGAUCGCAGGAUAUGAUACCGCGGAUUUGGGCGAGAAGGAGCUGUCGACUCACGUGUUCUUCAAGAAUCUCGGUCGGUUGUACAGAAAUAUCGAUAUGGGCUUGGAUUUGGACAUCGAUCGAAAAGCGUGGGAGUUCGAGACAAACGCGACCAUAGGUUUCCGCAAUAAGCAAAACUUGGACGCGGUGUUCGUUGUGAAAUUGCCACCUCCAAAUAAAGACGAUCAUCGGUUCUUGAUCAGUUAUCAUACUAGCAAGGACAUGCAAGACAUUUCUUACGUGCUGGGCUACAACGCUAUUAAAGCGAAGAGUAAUUAUGCUUCGGAUGGAUCGGUUCGUAUGGCUACGCGCGAUAUUAAUGGGCACUUCCGAUUGACAUGGGGUUUAUUGCCGACGGAAUCUGUGAACAAUCUCUUUAAUAUCACCUUCGAUAAAAAAGAAAUCGAGCUCAAGUAUUCUCUGUAUACGCCGAGAUUUUUGCAAGAAGAAACGCUUGUAUUCUUUUUUAGUUAUGACGGUAAUUCCGAUGAACGAAAUUUAAUUAAUGCCGAUCUCUUUUAUCCUCCAAGACAGCAGAUUGGAACCGCAAGGAUAUUUUAUGAAAGUUUAAUCAACGUUAACGGAACCAUUAAUGCUUCGAUAUCUACGCAAAAUUUAUUAUUCGCCGGAUGCAAUUUUAUUGUACUUACUACUUUAAAGCAGAAUAAGAGAUUCAUCGAGUGCUUCUGGCCUAAUAAUAAUACGGCUUUGCUCAACUCCGAUUACAUUUAUUACAGCGAACGAUUAGAUUCGAAUCUAGAGGGUAUUCUGCACAUAGAAGUUCCUCUGAAUGCUCGUCAUAUCGGUCAUCUAACUUACGGCUACAAGAAACGUCCACAGGUUACUACGGGCCAUUCGAUCUUGACCUACAACGACCAGAAAGUGCUAGAUACUCAAUAUAAUUCAAAGAGUGAAUCCCGGGCUGGCUACGAUAAAGAUCGUAUUCAAAUUACCGUGGAGAACAUCUACAAGCCCAUAGGCAUCAUCUACGUAAACCAAUACGAGUACAGCGGUGGAAAUGAGGGAACCAAUUAUCCCACCGUCGAGUUCAAGCAAGUGAACAUUUAUCGGUUAGACAACAGCUCGGCCUUCAACAUCGCCGGCGAAUCCAAGAUCCGGACUACCCAUACCGGCCAGGACAUCCAUUUGAAGGCGAUACACUCGAACAAGACGAUCCAGCUAAAGACGGACUAUCAGGUACUACCUGGCGAGUUUGAUCAGAACACAUGGUUAAGUCUAGCCGAGGAUGCCUGGGUGUCUUAUCAUGUAAACAUCCUGAAUAAAACCACCGAGGACAUGGACAAUCAGUUCAUCAUUCUUAAUUUAUCCUAUCCCUUACGAAACUUUACUGUAGACGGCUCGUAUAAGAUCACCAGCAACGAAAUAAGCUCCGAAGCGAACUUGCAAUGGGAACGCGACGACGAGAAGUCGAGGAUCGUCGGUGCGGCCUUUAAUUGGACAAAUGUCAAUAUCACAUCCAUGGAACCUAACCAACAGCAAGUCGUUUUAAAUUUUCGGCACCCGACCUUCGAAAAGAAUGUCACGUUAAAGGGCAUACUGAUGAAAAGAGAUCGCAGGGACUUAUUAAACGCCGUCUUCGCCGCGGAUUACUCCACCAACGAGGACAAGUUGUUGACGUUGUCCGCCUUGUUGAGAGAUGAGAGCGAUGCAUCGAACAGGAAGUAUCUCUAUAAAAUAUGGGGCAAGCAUGUCAACACCAGAUUAGAUCUCGAUGUCGAAGGAUUUGUUCGCAGACAAGGAUAUGUAUUGCUCGAAACGGUAAAUCACGCUCGAUACACGCGCGGCUAUAUGUCGAGCGAAACUGGAGAAUUGAUCGGUCGAAUCGAUCGGAAAUUGAGAGAGAUAUUCUUCCGGCGAGUAAACAAUGACGAGAUUAAAUAUUUCACGAUUGGUUAUUAUCCUUCAUCUUCUCGUUACGUCGUGAAUGGUAGCGCAAUCAAUACGCCAGAACUCAAUGCUACCGGCUUUUUCUUUUUGGACCCUAGUGAGAAGCUUAUCUGGGCAAUGGUUAAUUACACGCCCGAUGCACGAGUGAGUCUAAGAAUGAAUGGCAAUAUUCCGGACGCUCGAAAUGCCAUAUUUAACAUUUGGAGAACCUACGACGACGAUUUAAUAAUUUCGGACGUUUCUUUUUAUCUGAAAUUAAAUCACUCGAGACUCGUUACCUCAACUUUGCGAUGGCGGCCCGAACUCAAGAGUGAUAUCAUUACUACUGUAAAAACGACCUUUAACGAAAUGUGUGAAAGUGUAAACAAUGAUAUCGAUUAUUGGAAACAAUAUAUAAAAAAUGAAGUAAUAGAUUCCAUUACGGAUGUGUGGGAGGACGCUCAGCAGGAUAUUUCAGGAUUUCUUGACGAUUGGUAUGAUCUAAAAAAUCUCGAGCAUGACUUUGAAGAUCUCAAGGUGUAUUUGAACGAGUCUUAUAAUGCCAAUCAUUUCUACAUCAAAGAUAUCGUUAGUAUCGGGGUAUACGCCAUCGAUGAACUGUCCCUGCGAAGUCAUAUUCAGUCUCUUCCCAACAUCCUCAACGAGAUCUGGGAAAUAAUGGGCGAAUCCGGCGAAGCCUUGCGAAAUUCAUUGCUCUGGCUGAUCGAGACCAUCAAAACCGCUUAUCGCAAAGUAUCUGAGAUUGUCGUUGCUGUGUUGAGAGGCGAAUCGGUAUCGCAGGUGACGGAUAUAAUUGAGAAGCUGAUCGAGAAAUACGACAUGUUCAUCAAAGAUCUGCACGUGUCUUUCAUCAAAUACAUUGAGAAUCUUUGGAAUACAAUUUUUUCCUCCAUCUCGGAACAAUGGUAUCGCUUCUUGAAGUUAAUGGAACCUAUGUUCAUCCGAUUCAUUCAUUAUCUCGAGACGGUCGUCUGGAAAGCAAGCAAAGAGAUGCUCGAUUUCCUGUAUGACCGUAAAAAGGAGAUUAUCACGUCGCCGUAUUUCGAUCGAUUUGCCAACUUUUCUCAGGACAUUGACAAGAUCUAUCGCGACAUCAAAGCGAACGAUAUAGUGACCAAUGUGCACAAAUAUUCGGGUCUGGUGAUACAAUUCUUAAAAGAACGCUAUUUUGCCUUUGUGCCGUUCGGCAAAGAACUUAAAGACGUCAUAGAUGAAAUUAUAUCGGAAUUGAAAGAGCUUCGAAAAUUACCGUCGGUCAACUACGCUUUGGAGAAACUUGAGCAGAUGUACGAUAGGAUCGGCUACUUCUGUGAGUACUUCGAAGUCAAGGUUAAGCUAGAGAGUUUUAUCCGGCUGGUGCAUUCCAAGAUGAUGGACAUCAGCCAGACGGCGUUACAAACUGAAAGUCGCUACAGGGAAGCUAAGACCAUGUUCAUCUUCGAUCCUAAUCAGGGUCUGAUGUGCCUAGAGCAGAAACUGCCCAUGUCCUGGCAUGCCUUUAAUCAGACGCCAGAAUUCCACGAGAUACCAGAAAUCAGAGCAAUCGCAAACAUCAAGAAGUAUUUUGUCACCUCGAACACUACUUUCUGGAGUCUUUACUAUCAGUACAAACCGUACUCGGAGCUGUCAAACUGGUUACCGCCGUUCAAAGCGCAAGCCAUGAUUAUCGGUUCUCGUCAUUAUAUCACUUUUGAUGGACGUUACUUUGAUUUUGCCGGAAAUUGUACCUAUUUGUUAGCGAAGGAUUUUGCACACAAUACUUUUGCGAUUCUGGUGAAAUAUAAUAUACAAGCAGAAGAAAUCACUCACCAGAUCAUAGUAUUGAUCGGAAACAGCGCUAUCGAAUUGGAUCUCUUCAACGAUACAAUGAAGCUGAUCUCCCAAUCAUCCGGCACUACAAUGAAUCUGCAGCUGCCGAUCGAGUUGGACCAUGGCACGACGUACGUUUACCAAGUGGAGAACAUGGUAACGGUGGAACGCAAGCACAACCAAUUCCGGCUGGAAUGUAAUCUCAAGUUUAAUUUGUGUACCUUGGAACUGUCAGGCUGGUAUUACGGAAAGACGGCCGGUCUUUUCGGCACGAUGAACAACGAACAAUUCGACGACACUCUGGGAUCGAACAAGCUGUUUUUAAAGGACACCGGCAGUUUUGCUCACAGCUGGUCUAUUGAUGAGGAAUGCACUGACACGACGAAUCAUGCUAACAAGAUCCUACAUCAAGACAGCAUAAUAUCUGAGUUCUGCGACGAUCUGUUUGUGAACAAGAGCUCGGAGUUCGGUAUCUGUUUUGGCGUGAUCGAUCCGGCUGUGUACGCUAGGAUGUGCUUGAACAGUCUCACCGAAGCUGAGGCAUGCACGGUGGCGAUGUCGUACAUGCAGAUAUGCAUGUUCCGCGACACUUAUCUGAGAAUACCCGAUAAGUGCACCUCAUGCACUAUGAUGGACGGUAGUCAGGUGGCCGAAGGCCGUUUCAAACGGCUGGAGGAGGACAAAGUGCCCCGAUCGGCCGACGUGGUGUUUAUCGUCGAGGCAAAGAACUGCAAUCGCGAUAUGAAGUUGAAUAGCAGCAUGGAGUUGUUAAUUACACAGCUCGACAAGGAGAUGAAUGACCGAGGUCUCACGGAAAAUCGAUGGUCCCUGGUGAUCUUCGGCGGUGACAAAGUGCACGAUCGACCCAGGAGCAUCAUUCUCGACGGACAAAUCUUCACGAAGAACGUAGCACGUUUUAUCGAUUAUUUAAGCUACGUGCCAGUAGGCAGCGGCAGUCAAGACAUUUUCGCCGCGAUUGGAUUCGCUUCGCGGCUCGUCUUCAGGGCCGGCGUGUCGAAGACUUUCAUAUUGAUGCCAUGCUCGCAUUGCGAGCCGGAGAAUCAAACGUUGGAGUACUCGGUAUUACACCAAGUAUUGUUGGAACACGAUAUCACUCUGCACAUACUAAUGGAUGGCGAUUUCCAAUUCGAGAAGGAGAAGAUCGGUAAAAUCUUCUACGGCUUGGACGCGACCAAGUCGUACACCAAGAAGGACGCUCGAGUACUAACCGGCGACAAAGAUCUGCGAAGACAGGUCAAACUUUCCAAGAACGUGCUAGGCUACUGCACACCGCUGUCCUUGGAGACAAACGGCACGAUAUUCAGCGGCGACAAACUGCGUCUCGAGAAGUCGGCUUUAAUUAAAAAAUUCGCGAGCGUUUUCGCGAAGAGAGUCGCCCUUACAGCCGAGCCAAACAAGUGCCAAUUGUGCGAAUGUACCGCUGAUAAUAACGGCGUCACGCAAAUGGAAUGCAUGCCGUGUAUAUACCCAAUGCCCGUGCACGUGGAUUACGUGAGUGAAACUUUUAAUCUCAACGAAUCGCUCUCGAUGAUGCCGCCAUUAGAUAGUAUUGAUUAUGGCCAAAUCGAUAUAGAGGACGAUUGAAGAUAUAAUUAAAAUAUAGUUAGAUGAUAUUAGAUGCUAGAUAACUCGCCGGUAUUAAUCAUAUUUAUUUGCAAUAUCCUUUGUAAUAUAGGAUAAUAUGCUUACCUCCCUUCCCAAUCCAAAGUUUGUCUUAUAUUGGAGGCAAAAUAUAAAAAAUAUAUAUAUAAUAUCAAAAUCAUAUAUAUUUAUAUAUUAAUAAAAUAAUAUCACGAUA